GUUUUAAAAGGCCGUGAAAAGGAAAUUCCGGACACUGUCUCUCCGGAAUGGCCAACUACUAUCGACGCAAGAAAGCCGACGCGGUGUUCCUCAACGCCAAGCCUUUGAAUAGUGCCAAUGCCCAGGCAUAUUUGUACGGGGUUCGGAAGUACUCCAUUGGAUUGGCGGAGCGCUUGGAUGCGGACUACGAGGCUCCUCCGUUGGACAGGAAAAAGAGCUCGGACAGCACGGCCUCUAAUAAUCCGGAGUUUACGCCGAGUGUUUUCUAUAGGAACAUAGCUCCUGUCAACUGGUUCUUAAGGAUUAUCGGAGUAUUACCCAUCGUUCGACGUGGUCCUGCGCGUGCCAAGUUCGAAAUUAACUCCGCAUCGUUUAUUUACUCAGUGGUUUUCUUUGUGCUCUUGGCGUGCUAUGUAGGCUACGUGGCCAACAACCGCAUCCACAUUGUGCGAUCCCUGAGUGGACCCUUCGAGGAGGCGGUGAUUGCCUACCUGUUCCUGGUCAACAUCCUGCCCAUAAUGAUCAUACCCAUCCUGUGGUAUGAGGCCAGGAAAAUAGCUAAGCUCUUUAACGAUUGGGAUGACUUUGAGGUGCUGUACUACCAGAUAUCCGGCCAUAGUUUGCCAUUGAAACUGCGACAGAAGGCGCUUUACAUAGCCACCGUGCUGCCGAUCUUGUCGGUUUUAUCGGUCGUCAUUACCCACAUCACCAUGUCGGAUCUGAACAUCAAUCAGGUGGUGCCCUACUGCAUCCUGGACAACUUGACUGCCAUGUUGGGUGCCUGGUGGUUCCUGAUUUGCGAGGCCAUGAGCAACACGGCUCAUCUUUUGGCGGAGAGGUUCCAGAAGGCCCUGAAACACAUUGGACCCGCUGCCAUGGUAGCGGACUAUCGGGUCUUGUGGCUUCGGUUGAGUAAACUAACCCGGGAUACUGGAAACGCCAUGUGCUACACCUUUGUAUUCAUGAGCCUGUACCUGUUCUUCAUCAUUACUCUGUCGAUUUACGGACUAAUGUCUCAGCUCUCUGAGGGAUUCGGCAUCAAGGAUAUAGGACUGACCAUAACAGCACUGUGGAACAUUGGGUUACUCUUUUACAUCUGCGAUGAGGCCCAUUAUGCCUCGGUAAAUGUGCGGACCAAUUUCCAGAAGAAACUACUGAUGGUGGAGUUGAAUUGGAUGAACUCGGACGCCCAGACGGAGAUCAAUAUGUUUUUGCGGGCCACCGAGAUGAAUCCCUCGACCAUCAAUUGUGGUGGCUUCUUCGACGUGAACCGGAGUCUCUUCAAAGGACUUCUGACCACCAUGGUCACCUAUUUGGUGGUCUUGCUGCAGUUUCAGAUCAGCAUUCCCACUGACAAGGGGGAUUCCGAGGGAGCUACCAAUAUUACUGUGGUGGACUUUGUGAUGGACAGUCUGGAUAAUGACAUGAGCCUGAUGGGGAGCACCACUGCGAGCAGCACCACUGCAAGAACCACUGGGGCACCACCAAUUGGGAAGCAAAAGGGACGAAAGGGUUGA